AGUCUGGAAGAAGUUAUCACCAUGCUACCCAAAGCUCGGAUAGAGAUGGCAGGUUCCGCUGGCUCCUGGCUCCCCGGCUGCCUCAUCACACUGAUCUUCCUUGGGCUACCGGCGCACAUGUCCGGGAACAGCAAGUUCCACCUGGCCCCGCUAGGGGGCACCGCCAAGCUGCUCUGCCCUCUCUCCCUCUGGCCGGUGGUGCCCAACCAGGUGCGAUGGCUGCGGUCCCCGCAACCCGGGAGCUCGGCGCGGGCUGUACACGUGUUCCGGGAUGGGCAAGACCGGGACGAAGGUCUGAUGGCAGAAUUCAAGGGGAGGACGGCGCUGCUGAGAGACACGCGAGAGGGGAACAUCACCCUGGAGAUCCGCGACGUCCGGCUGGAGGAUAGAGGGUCUUACCGAUGUCAGGUUCAGGUCGGAAACCUGAGUCGAGAGGGCACCGUGAUCUUGCAGGUUGCAGCCCCCUCUGCAGGGAGGGUCUCCUCCGCAGAAGUGGCUCUUGCUGUGAUCCUGCCUGCCUUGGGACUUCUCAUCAUGGCGGGCAUGUGCCUCAUUUGGAAGCAAAGAAGAUCAAAAGAGAAGCUUCUCUAUGAACAGGUGAUGGAGGUAGAAAAUCUUCUCUCAGACCAUGCAAAAGAAAAAGGAAGGCUCCAUAAAGCCCUCAAGAAACUCCGGAGUGAACUGAAGCUGAAAAGAGCUGCAGCAAACUCAGGCUGGAGAAGGGCCCGGCUACACUUUGUGGCCGUGACCCUGGACCCAGACACGGCACAUCCCAAACUCAUCCUGUCUGAGGACCGGAGAUGUGUGAAGCUUGGAGACCGAAGGCAGCCUGUGUCUGACAACCCCCAGAGAUUUGAUUUCGUGGUCAGUGUCCUGGGCACCGAGCACUUCACGGCUGGCUGUCAUUACUGGGAGGUGUAUGUGGGCGACAAGACCAAGUGGAUCCUGGGGGUGUGUAGUGAUUCCGUGAGCAGGAAGGGGAAGGUCACUGCUUCACCGGCUAAUGGGCACUGGCUUGUGCGACAGAAUCGGGGGAUCGAGUAUGAAGCACUCACCUCCCCACAGAUCUCCUUCCGCCUGAAAGAGCCCCCACGGUGUGUGGGAAUUUUCCUGGACUAUGAAGCAGGAGUCAUCUCCUUCUACAAUGUGACUGACAAGUCCCACAUCUUUACUUUCAUCCACAGUUUCUCUGGCCCUCUGCGUCCUUUCUUCGAACCUUGCCUUCACGAUGGCGGGAAAAACACGGCCCCUCUAAUCAUCUGCUCAGAACUCCAGAAAUCAGAGGAAUCAGUUGUCCCCAAGCCAAAAGAGAAAGGUCACGCUAAUGGAGAUGUGGUCCUGAAGAUGGACCCUUCCUUACACCCUCCCAGGAUGGCUGAUACCAUCCUGCCCUGGUCCUCUGACCUAGGCCCGGCCCUCCAGGGGCUCAAGGCUCCUUCUUUCUAGGGGUGACCCUCACUACCUACUUGUCUGUGCAUCUAGCUCUGGAGUUCAGUUCCAAGCCCGAUAUCUAAUUCUAGAACAUCAUCUCCAUCCCCAUAUUCAUACCCUUGUGUGGCUUUUAUUUCUUCCAGAGUCAAUUCUAAAUAAUAUCAUUCUCCUGGGGACUUGAAGUUCCCAGUGGCAUGGAUGGAGAAUUCUCGAAAAACACAUGAGCAAUCAGAGUAGGUUUAGGUGGUGAUUGUAAAUGCAGGUCACCAAGAUAUAGGGGUUUGCUACUUGAGGGAUCAUUUAGAAGAAAAACAUCUUGUCUGUGCUUAUCCUGUACUUGGGCUUUAGACAUGAAAUCAUGGUGCCCAGCCUGAUUCCUUACUUAUCCCAUCAAGAAUUGCUUUUCUCCUCUUUCCUCUGUUGGUUCAGACCUCUUUGCCCCCAGCCCAAUUGUUAAACAGUAAACAUAUGGGAUGCAUAAUCUUUUAUCAGAAAUAUGGGGGAGGAAGAAAAGGGACAAAGACUGGAACUUACUAGUUCCUUGAUGCUGAAUACAGUAGAGUUUGGUGACAUCCAGAGC